ACAGACGGCUUUCCACAAAGUGCAAACCACUGGCAAACAUGACCCAAGGCUCGUGGCUCGUGUAUUGUCUUUUGUUGAUGACACACAAGGUGGCUGUUUCUGAGGUGCUGUACAGCAUUGCGGACAUGGACUGGGACUGGGGCUCUGGCCUGCGUGAGCUGCUUAACAAUUUUCCUGCAGAUAGCCCCUUUGUUUCAGCAGGGUCUCAAGUCAACUGCUCACAACGCUUUUGGCUUCCUUCAUCUUCACCAAUCUGCUGGGAGAACAUAGCAGGGCCAGAAGACUUUGAGAAGUCCCGGCUAAUGGUUUUGCAAAACCGCGCAGCACUGAGAGCUUUGUUGGUAGCGAGUGGCCUUGGAGAAGAAGAUACAUCUUAUGAACGGGUUGCCAAACUGGAGAUCCAGGGUGUCCGGGCAGAUCACCUUAAAAUCAUGGAGAUGGCUGAGACAAUGCAGCAGGUGUUUCAGGGUUUGGAAAAGCAGCAGAUGGAAAGCAAAGAGCUGUGGGCCAUUGGAAGCUUGAAGGACCAGAUCACUACAACUAAGCACUCUAUAGAAGGAAGAGACCAUCUUGCAGCUUCACUGGAAAGAAAAUUAGCCGAGCUGGAGGGAUCUUUACGUACACUGCAGCUAAGACUGGCUAAAAUAUUAACUGGGUGACUGCAUACAAAAGACGAGACCCUGUACUUUAUUGCUUUUUUUUUUUUUGAAGACUGGACUUUUAAUUUUGGUGUUGAAACUUCAUAAGCAUAUAUAUAUUGUGCAAUUGUUCAGCAUGAAAGAUGACAUAUUUAGCUUUUUUUCCUGUCACAUGGUUUUACCUUUUUGUAAAAAAAUAUUUUUAGUAUUUGCACCCUUGUCAUUUUCUGUGUAUCUGUGCUACUCAUGUCCUUUAUUAUAUAAUUACUUUAUGCUUAAAUUGCUCUGUUGUUGAAGAUGUUAAUGUUUGCUCUUCAAUCUUUUUUAAGCAUGUCAUUCUAACCGAUAUAUUACUCAAACACUUUCAUUUACUUUUCAGUGCAAAAUUUCACCUAUAACAUACAAACUUUUUUUUGUUCUCUUUUGUAAGAGGAAUUUGAAGCACAUUACAAAAAUGUUCAAGUAAAGGCAGAUUGAAAGGUUAUGUGGUGUCCUUUAUCCAUAUAUCUUUGAAAAUGGGAAGUGUUUAUAUAGCUGAUUUUUAUUAUAAGUAACUGCAGAUACCAAAUUCAUGUCUUUCUUAUAAUAUUUGCUGUAAUAUUUUACAUCAUGCAUUUAUGAAUACUUACUUUCAUGCAUGUCAACUAUAAAAUGAACAGAAAAAAGGUAAUAAAAAACGGGAAGAAAAAAGAUGAAAGUAGGAGAUAUGCAGUUGCCUAACAAUGUUCUUACUCCAGUAGACCCCCAGUGACCCUGUUCAGGACUAAGCGGGUUAGAAAAUAACUGACUGACCAUUUAUAAUAAACUAUGGGGGCUCAGUGUUAGGGAGUAUGGGGCUGAAUCUUGCAAACUGCUCCUAGACUGGUGCUAAAUACAGGCAGUCAAAAAGAGAAUGGAAACCAUUUAUGAGUGCUGUGUAUUUAGGCAAACCGAUCAGAAAUCAACUUUUAUAACUAAACAUUGGGAACGUUACUGUGAGACUGGCAUGUAUGUUUCUUCAAUGCACAAGCAGAUUGCAGAGCAAAUCUCUACUAGUUGUCUUUUCCACUGAAAAUGUACCCCCUUUUGUUAUUUAAGCAUUUCUUUAAAGGGCUACCAUUGGUGUUUAUAGUGCAGUAGUGUCAGUGGUAGGAUCAGACUAUAAACUUCCUCAAAUGCUAACUCAGUGUUGGUUUAGUAUUCCUUAUGCAUCUUUUUGCUUCAAACUAAUCUAAAGUGGUAACAGAUUUGUUCAAAUACAUCUAAUAUGCCU